AACAGCCUCACACUCCGAGGCAGCGUGGGAGCCAGGCUCCUCUCCUGUGUGCAGCCUCCACCGCGGGUCGAGGUGGGAAGGAUGCUCCACCGGACCUCUACAUCCCCCGGAGCGGCCCGGCCCCGCGGCGCCAAAAAGUGGAGUCCCAAGGUGGUUGCACCCCAGGGCGGGGGAGGUACUUGUGUGACACGGCGGCGGAAGAGUCACUUUGUCUUUUCGCCUUGGAUUAACCCGACCCACAGUUUGGGGCAAGUUGGCAAGACAAAGAACCCACAGCGCAGAAACGAUAUCCAUGAUGGUGAUGGGAGCUCCAGCAGCAGCCACCAAGGCCUCAAGAGCACGGCCAAGUGGGCAACCUCCUUGGAGAAUCUUCUGGAAGAUCCAGAAGGCGUGAAGAGAUUCAGGGAAUUUUUGAAAAAGGAAUUCAGUGAAGAAAAUGUCUUAUUUUGGCUAGCGUGUGAAGAUUUCAAGAAAAUGGAGGACAAGAAUCAGAUGCAGGAGAAGGCCAAGGAGAUCUACAUGACCUUCCUGUCCAACAAGGCUUCUUCACAAGUCAACGUGGAGGGGCAGUCUCGGCUCAGUGAAAAGAUUCUGGAAGAACCACACCCUCUGAUGUUCCAGAAGCUCCAGGACCAGAAGGAACUUGUACUGCUCCUGCCAACAGACCAGCCAGAAUGUCCUCAUCCUUGGGUAGCACCACUGUUUAUUCGAGGGACAAACACAGCAACAUGACCUCCACAAUGUGCCAGGUUCCUAGUCACAGCCUCAGCAGAAGAAGGAACCAAGUCUGGGCCCUUUGCUUCUCAUCCUCUUCCUCCACGUCAUUAGACAAGGAUAGACUGGUGUUGCGAAGGGCCUCCGGGCCUCCGGGGGUUCACCCCAGCUCCCCUGUUUCUCCACACAGAACCUUGGUCUGAGCUCCCCUGCAUCACCAUCGCCCCUCUUUCUGGGCUGUGGUUGGCGAUCAGAGCCAGGAUGUACGCCAUCUCUGUAAGGGUAACUGUGGACAUUCCCUCCCAAAGAUCAGACCCAGCCCAGAAAUGAGCAGUUUCCAGGGUGGCCAUGGAUUUUUGUUCCAACGGAGAGCAAAGGGGUUGCACAUCUGUGUGGUCUUCAGCAGGGUGGGGCAUGGAGGACUUUCAGACUGACCUUACAACUUUAAGAUAAGAGACUCCUUGUCAUGGCAGAAGUGCCAUGAAUUGUCACUGAACUUUGAAUUUGAGUUUCACAGACUCCGGGAAAGGCUGAGUAGCCCACAUAUUUAUGGGGUAGCAUAUUUUGCCCCAUGCCAAGGGUCUUUCUGACUUGAUUUCUGAUCUUCUUGGGGUCCUGAUCCCAUCCUUGGCACAUUUACAUGCAUGUGAACUAGAAGUGAUAUCCAGGUCAUCAAAACCUUUCUGGUGGCCCAGUCAUGCUUAGGGGCAGGGUCUGCCCUCUUCGGCUUGACACUAGGUUGCUGUCUGCCAGCUACCCUCAGACCUGCUGGGUGUACCCAUUCCUUCCUUAGAAGAGGGAGAGGGACUUCAAUCUCACAGGGUGGGCAUAUCAGUUCUGUAGGUACAAGAAGAGAGAGAGAGA